AUGAACGAUGUGGCUUUGACCAAUAAGUUUUUAAAUGAAAUUCUGGUCAGCUACUGUGUGUCCCCCGGCGAGCAAUUUUUACUGUGCUUGUAUGUCACCAUCGAUAAACCUUCGAAGGCGUUUAUCAGAGUGAGGAACCUAAAAUCAGAUCAGAAGAUUAAGAAAUAUGAAGUGCCCAUUGAAUUGUCAUCAUUGGCUUUUCACAGGGACUCAUUUGGACUACAAUUAGUCCAGGUAUCCAAAGCGGUAGGAGGGAAAAAGAUCGAAUUUGAACACUAUAUCAUCGUUAACACCGGAGAUGUACUCCAUUUUUUCACUUUGGAACAGCUGUUUUCGAUCGGUGAGUACGUGCCCUACAAAUGGCGUCACAACUCGAGCACCGAUACCGUGACGUCUUUUCAUGCAUACAACGUUCGAGGUCCAGAUUUGCAGGUCGUUUACUGCACGAAAUUUGGUGCUAUAGUGAAGUUCGACUUCGAUUCGAAUGCCAGCAGUUUCAAACUGGUAUCAGAGUUUAAAGACGCAGCAUCGGACUGCAUAAGCCAUUGUGAGCCUUGCACAUCUACACACAAAAAUAAAGACGCUAUUGAAAUUCCCGAACUCGUCUUUUCGAGCUUCGACAACUGCAUUUACUCCCUUGAGGGCACCCUUCAGAAAUUUCCCGCAGUGGACACUCUGUCUGAACAGAAAAUCCUUGUCUCCGCUGUAGGGGUAGUCGCGAAACAGUACAGCAAGAAAAGUCUGCGAUAUUAUGUGGCUAACGUAUUGAACGGCGGUUGCCAUCUUUUUAAGCGAAGCGCCAACGAUACUUGGGAUGAGACUCGAAUUCUCGAACGCGACACUGUCUUAGUGGAAAAGUCACCGCUCGUUAACUGUUGUUUAACAUGCCAAAGCCGAACCCAGCUGCAAAUCGUGUCAGGAAGCGAAAGCGGUAAAAUCUAUUAUUGGUGCUACGAUUACCGCGACGACAAUAUUUUGGAAAGCCACGUUCUCCAAGUGGCAGAAACUCAAGAUAUUGUGUACAAUCUUCAAGUUGUGGGUCCUUCUAUUUAUUAUAUGGUGAACAGGGACAUUGUGGGAUCGGCCAUAAUCCCUUAG